UGCGUGCUGCUCCGCUCCCGGGGCGUUUGGUGUACUUUCUGAGAGCGGGGGCGAGUUUACCUGGUUCAGUCAUUGCCGGAGCUUGUUGCCUGGGUAACGAAGAGCUGUCGUUAGGCAGCCUUGGUGAUUUCAACUCUUUUGGCCUUGAUUUGGGAGCUGGAUGCUCCCCCAUUCCACAAAUGGUCCGAAACUGGGGGUUUGAGAAAGCGAUUGGGGUCACCAGAGCUGACUUCUGGUAGCACGUUGAGGGCUGAGUGCCUUGCGACGUGGGCGAGACCAAUCGGGAAGGCAGUAGACACAGCAGUAGAUCUCGUCCUGAAGAGCUGUUUCGUCCUUCCUUUCUACUCCAGGAGCUGCUUCUGAGUAAUUUCUGCUCAAUAUGUCGCCGGCUCCAGCUUCACCUCCGGUUCCUGCGUCCGUCUCUCUGUUUGACCUCAGUGCAGAUGCCCCGGUUCUUCAGGGCCUGAGCCUGGUGAGCCAUGCUCCCAGGGAACUUCUGGCCCGGGCUCUGCGUACUUCCUGUCCAGGGGAGAGAGCAAGUCCAGAAAAAAAACUACUCCAGGGUCCUCUGGAUAUUUCAGAGAAGUUGUUUUGUUCAACCUGUGACCAGACCUUCCAGAACCACCAGGAACAGAGGGAACAUUAUAAGCUUGACUGGCAUCGGUUUAACCUAAAGCAACGUCUCAAGGACAAGCCUCUUCUGUCUGCCAUGGACUUUGAAAAGCAGAGCUCCACAGGAGAUCUUUCCAGCAUCUCAGGAUCAGAAGACUCAGACUCAGCUAGUGAGGAGGAUUUGCAGACACUGGAUAAGGAGAAAGCUGAAUUUGAGAAGCCUAACCGACUCUGUGGCUUCUACCCCCAUCGGGUUCUCUUCCAAAAUGCCCAGGGCCAGUUUCUUUAUGCCUACCGCUGUGUCCUAGGCCCUCACCAGGUUUCCUCAGAAGAGGCAGAACUACUGGUGCAGAACCUGCAAAGUGGAGGUCCCAGAUUCUGCGUGGUGCUCAUGGCUGCAGCUGGGCACUUUGCUGGUGCCAUUUUCCAAGGAAGAGAAGUGGUGACACACAAAACCUUUCACCGCUACACAGUACGGGCCAAGCGGGGCACAGCCCAGGGGCUUCAGGAUGCCCGAGGUGGGGCAUCACACUCUGCUGGAGCCAGCUUGAGGCGCUACAAUGAAGUCACACUAUAUAAGGAUGUUCGUGACCUGCUGGCAGGGCCAGUCUGGGCUAAGGCAUUGGGGGAGGCUGAGACAGUACUGCUGCAUGCUCCCCGCUCUGGCCAGUCCUUGUUCUUUGGAGGCCAUGGAGCACCCCUGCAAAGGAAGGAUCCCCGACUUUGGGAUAUCCCCCUCACCACCCGCAGACCCACCUUCCAAGAGCUACAGCGUGUGCUCCACAAGCUGACCACCAUGCAUGUCUACGGAGAAGACCCUCGGGAGACAGUCAGAUUGCACUUACCUCAGACACACUGGAAGACAGCGAGAGAAGAGAGGAAGAAGGCUACUGAGGAAGAAAAAAGAAAAGUCUCCAGUGAUGAAAAUGAGGCACUAGGGCAGAAUGAGGAAUCUUCCAAACAGGGGUCAGAGAGAGAGGAUGGCUUCCAGGUAGAGCUGGAGCUAAUGGAGUUGACACUGGGGAUCACGGAUCUUUGUGAGUCUGAAGUAUUGCCCAAGCGGAGGAGGAGGAAAAGGAAUAAGGAGACAAGGCGAGGCAAGGAGGCUGGGGCACAUAUGACUCUCUUCCACCAACCUUCAGAAGAUGAACCCUGCUCACAGUCACUCCAGGCAGCUGCAGCCUCCUCGGGCCCAUCACUGGAUGAGGCCAAAGCCCCUGAUCAGCCAGAGCUCUGGGAUGUGCUUCUAGCUGCUUGCCGAGCUGGAGAUGUUGGAAUGCUGAAGCACCAGCUAGCUGCCAGCCCUGUAGACCCUGGAGUUUUGUCUCUGCUCAGUGCCCCCUUGGGCUUCAGUGGCUUUACUCUCCUGCAUGCAGCAGCUGCAGCUGGAAGAGGCUCAGUGGUUCGUCUGCUGCUGGAGGCAGGUGCUGACCCCACUGUGCAGGACUUCCGGGCCCAGCCACCUUACACUGUUGCAGUUGACAAAUCAACGCGCAAUGAGUUCCGAAGGUUCAUGGAGAAGAAUCCAGAUGCCUAUGAUUACAACAAGGCUCAGGUGCCAGGGCCACUAACACCAGAAAUGGAGGCAUGGCAAACUGCACAGAAAAGGGAGAAGAAGGCAGCCCGGCGGCAACGGGAGGCACAGCAGCGGAAGCAGCGGGAGCAGGAGGAGCAGGAGCAAGAUGAACAGCGGCGAUUUGCUGCCCUCAGUGACGGAGAGAAGAGAGCUCUGGCUGCAGAGCACCGAGUCAUUGCCCAGUUGGGAGCCCCUAUGCCUCCGACCCCUGACUCAGCAAUCAUCAAUGCUCGACGCUGCUGGAGUUGUGGGGCAUCCCUCCAAGGCCUCAUUCCCUUUCACUACCUUGACUUCUCUUUCUGCUCCACAUGCUGCCUCCAAGAUCAUCGCUGUCGGGCAGGGAGGUCCUCUUCCUGAUCUCUUACAGCUCCACCUGGGGCCAACUCUAGGCCCUCAGAGGGCAUAUUCAGACCAGUCCUAGGUUUCUUCUUCCCCAUGAAACCAGAGAAUAUUUGGAAGAUUAUGGUGAGGGCCACUCAGGAACCAGGACAAAAACAGGGCCACAGAGGUGUGGGGAACUGGUUCUGUCUUUGGAACUUUAAUCGCAAUAAAGUUUGGCAAGGGAA